ACCUGAGCUCUCAUCUCUCUACCCCUCAUUUCUCUCCCUCUCAUCUCUCUCUACCUUAUCCUCAGCGCCCAGCUCAUCGCUGCUCCAGCAGGCCGGCCUGAUGAUGGGCUCCCUGCCCAUGCCCGGGCUGCACCAGCAAGUGGCGGCUGCGGCCGUGCAGCAGCUGGACCAGAGCGGGGAGAAUGACUGCGGCGAGGCCGCGGGGAGCAGCGGUGGCAGUGGUACUGGCAAGGAGAAGGCGCGGAUCAGCGGCGCCGGGAGGUCGUCGUCAUCGUCGGGGAGGAAGAAGGUGAGCAGGCCGCGGUUCGCGUUCCAGACGCGGAGCGCCAACGACAUCCUGGACGUCGGCUACCGGUGGAGGAAGACAGCGCCCACCCCAGGUUCGUCAUUCGGUUUCUCGAUCCAUCUCUUAAUUACUACUUAGUUUCGCAUCACUCGUUUUCAUCCGAAGCGCGGGGACUAAUGGGGUCGCAGUACUUGCUUGCUCUCCUCUCUCUCUCUUUCUCUCUCUCUCGUGCAACACUAAUUGAUUUGUGGCUGCAAGGGGCACCGGCCGCCGCCGUGAAGCGCGGGGACUGCCAGGCGCACGGGUAGCUG